AUGGAAGUUUCUGGUGCGACCAGUUACUCACAGUUGCCCAGUCUUCAGAUACAAGAGCUCGACCACCUUAAGGAGCUCGUGCAGGAGCUCAAGGAAGCCUUCAAUAGGUGCGGGGUGCCCACUGAGCAGUGUCAGCGCGCGCUCGAGCUCAUGCGCGAGGCCGACGACCCCGGCGACGGGCUGGUGGCGGGGGAUCCGGACGAGGCGGGGGCGGAGGGGGCCGGCGACGUCAGCGACGGGGAGGGCCCGCCCACCACGCUGCCGACCGACGCCGACUACGAGACGUACGAGCUAUGUAAUCUUCUCAACUCGAGGGUCGAAUCACCUGAAUUUCUUCAAAAGCUUGAUAACAUUGAGAAGUUGGUAUACCAAAAUGGCGCAGUAGAUGAAACCAUAUCAUGGGGUAUCGUAAGCGCGGCAGAUAUAUGGGAUGACAAGAGUAUGAACGUCAGUGAUGAUUCAGAGGAUGGAUAUGUUCUCGGUAAGCAAGAGGAUAUAGUUGAUGGGAUUGCGUGCUUCAUGGCUGCAUACUUGCUGUUGCUGAAAGAAAGUAAGGAAUUGACGCCCAAUCAACUUCAAGAUGCCCUUAGCAAGACAUUUUCAACUAAAAAGAGAAAAGGGAAACUUCAGAAGGCAUGGGCUGGAACACAAGUUAUUUAUAAUGUAGCGUCAUGGAGUGCGACAGCUAUUGGUAUCUACCAGAAUCCGGCGAUUCUAAAAGCGGCAACUGCAGCCUUUUGGACAUCCUGCCGCGUGGUAUCCAAGUUUCUGUGAAUAGUCCAAUGCCAUGUGCUCGUGACCAUGUACACAUUGUGUGUUAUGACUUCCCUGUACCUCCAUCACGGGAAGUGUUGUUGUCAAACUCUGUGAUACGAUUGUUCUGCCAUGUGACUGCCGAAGUCCUUCGCAAGGUCUUCACCCAUAGGCUCAUAGGCUGCUUUCAACAGUUAGAUCACGUGCCAGAUCUAACCACAUAGUGUCUAGGUGUGAGCAUGUGGGGGCUGAUUCCUAGUAUCUGAUGUACCUGUUGAGUGCAGCUUCAUGCGUGCUUACUUAUAUCAUUCAUUUGUAUCCGACCCUGAUUGCUACCUCCUCCUUGUAUAUAUCAGAUGUACAACUGAACAUGGGCGUACCUGGCCAAAUGUAAAUACACCGAUUCGUUUGAGCUUCUUUUCUUAAGGUCAUUCGUGUUAUGCUUCA